AUGUCUUCACACCUUAACGCUUCGUUAUUGAGGCUCAAACUUAUUGAUGCGCUUAGAGCUGGUGACGAGGCAAAGAUUGAGUCUGUUGUCAAACAGCUUGAAUCCGUUGACUCUAUUGUCGAUAAUGCUGAAUUAAUACGGUUAAGAGAAACAAUUCUUCAUUAUGCUGUACAAGUUGCUCCUUUGGCAACACUUCAAAGCUUAGUGGAAAAAAAUGAUCAAAAUCUUGACGUAAACGCACAAGACGAGGACGGAAACACACCAUUGCAUUUAGCUGCUGGCUCAUCUCGAUUCAAUGUUGUGAAAUACUUAUUAUCAUUACCAGACAUCAAUGAUACUGUUGUGAAUGCCGAAAACAAACAACCAGUGGAGCUUGCGAAGGACGCCAAUAUAGCACAGUUGAUGCAAUUUGAAAGAGCAAAGUUUGUUGAAAAAGCGGCAACUCAAUUACGUCAAUAUUUUAGCGCUAGAGACUUUGAAAGCUUGGAAAAGCUUCUUGUUUUCAAUCCACGAGCAGCUGAGCUACUAGACAUCAACGGAGCAGAUCCUGAGACUGGGAAUACCGUUUUGCAUGAGUUCAUCAGCAAAGAAGACUUUCAAAUGUGUGAAUGGAUUCUUAAACAUGGUGGUGACCCUUUCAAGCGCGACAAGCGCGGUAAGUUGCCUAUCGAUUUAGUGAGCAGAAAUGAUCCUAUCAAAAAGCUCUUGAAGCAUGCUUCCAAGGAGCUGAAUAUCAUGGACUCGGUUGUCAGUUCAAGCAAUCCAAUGAGGACAGGAGCAUCUCCAACCUACAAGGGAUAUUUGAGAAAAUGGACAAAUUUUGCUUCCGGUUACAAAUUGCGUUAUUUUGUUUUGGAUCAGUUUGGAAUUCUAUCGUAUUAUACUGAUCAGAAUGAUACAAAUAAUGCAUGUCGAGGGUCAUUAAAUCUCGGAUUCGCCACCUUGCAUCUUGACUCAUCUGAAAAACUCAAAUUUGAGAUCAUAGGGAAGAAUGGUAUAAAGUGGCAUUUAAAGGCCAAUCACCCUGUCGAGACCAAUCGCUGGGUGUGGACUUUGCAAAAUGCAAUCACUGUCUCGAAGGAUAACCUCAGACAGAAACGAAAAGUCGUCCCAAGCUCAACGGAAACCGCUUCCAGCUCAGUUGCUGGAACUGAUGUUAGUUUGAAUCGUUCAUCAUUAGAGGAAGGCACUAGACCCUCUCUCGAUGAGAGGAACUUCCACGGUGCUGAAGAAGAGAAAAAGAAAAAGCUUCUUCAUCUCCCAAGGCGCUCCAAACACAAGAGGAAUGCGAGCCAAGUAUCCUUGAACUCAUUUACUGGCUCGGAGCACGAGGAAAUCUCAUCAUCAAUUGGAGCAGAACAGAAGGUUCCGACAGGAAGUAGCACUACGUCACCCAACUUGGGGAAAAUUAAGGAGAACAAGACUACAGAUCCUCGCAAGAGUUUUGAUGAAACACAUUCUGUCUUAACGAGGGAAGAUUUUGAUUUUGAUUUAGAUUAUGCGCACGAUUCGGAGGACUCUGAGACAAUUUCUGCGCAUAAUAGCGAUGGCGAUCCCAUUUCAGAAGCUAGGAUGACAAGAGAUGGUAUGAUUGCUGUAAAAAGAUCACUUCUCAUAGAGGUCUCCAGUCUCAUAGAUUUGUUUCGGGCCAUUGGUGAUCGCAUUGAUAGGGAACCUUACGAUAUUGGUCUCAAAACACUUUCCAACGUUCAUGCCUUGAUUGAACAGUACGACCAGCUGGUGCAAAUACGUGAACGCAAGCUUCUUAAACGUAUUGAGCGUCAAGAAGAAGUGAACAAGCUUUGGGAAAAUUCAAUUCGCCAACUUGAAAACGAAAUCCAAAAACGAGAGGAGACUUUGGCUCAAUUCGAGGGCAAGAAGUACAGAAUUCGGAAAUUGCUCGAGUCCAGGGGAAUCUCAUCACCUCAAGUUUCGAAUGAGCUGGCUAAUGGAUUCUUUACGGCAGUACCGCAAAACCCUCCACCAAGUGGCACAACUGGAUCUGGAUCCGGUUCCGCGCACGGAGUCGAUUUGCCGGCGGAAGACUCGGCCCUUUUAGAAGAGAUUUUCCACGACUCAGACGACGAAUAUUUUGAUGCUGAUGAGUUUGAUGAGUCUGCGGGAACACCAGAGGUCACUACCUUUGGUUUGCCACAAUCAAACUCUCAAAUGAUAUCACAACCGGAAACCAUUGAGGGAACAGUUGAUGAAAAAGAGGAUGAUAAGGCUUUGAGUGAUGCAAAUGAGCAUGUUUCUCUUACGGCCAACAAGGAUAUCCCAGAGGAAAGCACCAAGGCAGCCAAAAUUUCUGGACAGCCGGAACUCGAGAUUGUCAGAUUAAGUGAUGUAAGUAACAUUUCACAAGAAAAGGUUCUUAAGACACUCUUGGAUGAGGGAUCCUUUCUCGGUUAUGAAAAGCCUCCUAGAACUAGACUCGCAUAUGAUGAGGAUAAUAGGCCUAAAGUUGGUUUAUGGGGCAUCUUGAAGUCAAUGAUUGGUAAGGAUAUGACUAGGAUGACCUUACCGGUCUCGUUCAACGAGUGCACAUCGUUACUCCAACGACUAGCCGAGGAUAUUGAGUACAACGACUUGCUUCAGAAGGCUGCCGCUAUUGAGGAUUCUACCCUUAGAAUGGUUUAUGUCGCGGCUUUCGCAGCGUCGGAGUAUGCGUCUACGAUUAACAGAAUAGCAAAACCUUUCAAUCCUCUUUUAGGCGAGACUUUUGAGUAUGCUCGUCCAGAUCAAAACUUCAGAUUGAUUUCCGAACAAGUCAGUCAUCAUCCCCCCAUCAGUGCUUGUACUGCUCAGUCACCAAAGUGGGAUUACUAUGGGGAGAAUGCUGUUGACUCUCAGUUCAGGGGCAGGUCGUUUGAUUUCAAACAUUUGGGUAAGAUGUUUUGUGCCGUGAGACCAGACAAUGGUGUGAUUGAUGUCAAUGGUGAGAAAGUUAACGAAGAACUCUACAGCUGGAAAAAGGUGAACACCUCGGUUGUUGGAAUUAUAGUUGGGAAUCCGACUGUGGAUAACUAUGGAAAGAUGGAGGUCACUAAUCACACAACUGGAGAUGUGAUCAUAGUGGAUAUGAAACAAAGGGGAUGGAAAGCCUCUUCCGCCUAUCAGUUGUCUGGUUAUGUUUUGGACAAAAAGGGUAAUGCUCAUUGGGCCAUAGGUGGACACUGGAACCUGAAAAUAUAUGCUCGUAAGGUCAGCGACGCAAAUGAGAAAGGGAGGCGCGAGUCUUUAGUUGAAACCCAGGAUAUCAAGGCUACUCAAGAUCCGUACAGCGGAGCCAAGUUUCUCGUAUGGCAGGCAGCGCCAAGACCCAAGGUUCCCUUUAAUUUGACCUCUUUUGCUCUCACCUUAAACGAUCUCCCCGAAACGUUGAGACCAUGGUUACCACCAACGGACACAAGAUUAAGGCCAGACCAGAGAGCAAUGGAAGACGGACGUUAUGAUGAAGCCUCUAAUGAGAAGCACAGAGUGGAGGAAAAACAGAGAGCAGCGAGAAGACAGAGGGAAGCGAAUCGUAUCACAUACAAACCUAAUUGGUUUAUUAGGAGCAAGCACCCAAUUACUGGAGAUGAGUAUUGGCACUUCAACGAUCAGUACUGGAAAUUGCGGAAGGAAAAGAAGCUUGGCGAUACUGGUGAUAUAUUUUAG